AUGGAUGAAAGCACCACAGUGCAUGAUGGGGCACUGAUUAACUUGGUUGUCUCCCCAAGCAACUCCAAAGCAUCAGAGGCACCAAGAAAGCCGCUGUCUGGUACUGAAGUCGAACAUAGCAAGAAUGCAGUCAAAGGACAGUACAACGAAUCAACAUAUACACUGCCUCCGAUGCCCAUUGAAAUUGCUGCACACCUCCGAACUGUCACAGCAGGAGAUGUGCCUCACAAUCUUCGAAAGAAAAUAAUUGAGUGGAUUGCCUGCCAUUUGUCAUCUCAGACAAUAAAGUUGAUGCAUGCUUUUGUAAACAUCAGGUACCCAAAUAAACUGUACAACGUUGCCGCAAGGAGCCUCGUCAACAACUACCCAGCACUGAUGGACACAUCGGACUCUGGCCAUUUCACGUGGUAUAUGAGCCUCAGGAACAAAUACAAAAAUAUGCGAAAGCGAAUGCCCCCAGGAUGCCCUGAAGUUGAUGCGGAAAAAGCAAAAGCGAAGUAUGAAACCAAACUUUGUUAUACUGUCUCUGUUAUCUCGCACUUUCAGACUGCUGUGAAGCCAGCAUUUGAAGUAGAUGAGGUCUUCAUCUCCGAGACAACAAAUUUCAUGAAAAAGGAACUCAAGAAGGGAAACCCAGACAUGGACAAAAUAGAGGACGCCAUGAACAGGACCACAGCUGCUAGGAGAGCAAACAUAGAACAAGAGGGCAUGAGUCUUGCCGCUCUUCUAGACCUCUAUCCAGCUUUAAAGCUAGAAAAGGAGAUCUGCAAUGAAUGCUGUCGCCUAACCGGUGUACCACCUGAUAACGCAUUGCUGAAAGCACUGAACGAUUACAGCGACCAUAUUCUAAAUGCAGCAAGGCUCAAGCGAGCAGCGCAGUCAACUCUGUGCACUGUGCUGGCAGAAAUGGCCGUGGAGAACAGAAUUGCGAGAAACUCACAUUCACUGGUGUCAUUUUUCUCUUCAGAUGCAAGAGGCGUGGGCGCUCUGAUGGUUCUACCAUUCCUUGUCAAUGAGCGAGGGGACGACAUGUUCACAAAAAUGACACCAGGACAGGAGUUUGCCCACCCCACAUUGCUGUACACUGGCGACAGCCCCAUGUCUUCCGAGGCCAUGUGUGUGAAGUGUGAGGACGUAUGCGUUGAUGUACUGGACUUCACUUCUGGUGUAGUAGUGUUAUUUUCUAUGUACUGGGCAUUCAACAUCGAAUACGUCAGCUCUGCAAAGCAGACGCUCUCAUUGCUAGAGCACAUGAUGCAAAUCAGAACAAAAACAACAAAGCUAGGCACCAAAGCACUUAAAGUCCUAACAGCAUUGAAAGCACGGUCAGCCGCAGCAACUAAAGAAACAGCAGCCAGUGUUGAACAAGCUGUUGAGCAGGCUGAGAAAGCUCACCAAGUCACCAAAGUCUGAGUGUUCUUGGGAUACACCUCGCUGUAUCCACGUAGCCUCUCUUUUUUUUUUCUUUUUUAACAGUCAGGCUGUUUCGCUGAUCUUAGCCUUGGAUUAUACAGCUGAGGAGUGCAGUAGCCAGCCAAACCUAAAAAUUUUUCUUGUUUUAAUGUUGUUCAUAGUUAGUUUUUAUUAUGGUGACAUAAAGCAAAUACUCACCAAUUAUAUUUUUUUUUAUAAAUAAAAUUAUUUCGAGGCCAGUAUGGGUUCCUCAAUUGCAAAUGACAGGAGAGGCAGUGGCUUGGUUCUGUGCAGGGGUGGUGACGGAGAGCGCAUGCAUAGAUGUCAAGCAGGCUAUCGUGUCACUUCUGUCGCUUAGCGUAUCAUCUGAAGAUGCUGUGAUAUUAGCAGUAGUUUCGUUUGUAAUACAGCAGCUAUAACGAAUGCCUAGUCUUAGUCUAUAGAAUUACCUAUCUUCUCCUGGUGUUUGGAGUGUUAUCAAGGCCAGUGACUUUUCAGCAGAACCGGAACAUUUCUUUUGUAAGCUAUAGAUUCUUGCCAUUGUAUAAACAUACGUAUCUUCUGCCGGUUUUAGUUCUGUUCUUGUUCUUUUUUUUGUUUUGUUGAAAAUUGCUUCUCCAUUGUGUUAGCGUUACUUUUGCUUGUUUUUAAUUUAUUACUGUUAUUUAUUGUCUGUCAUUGCGAAAAUGCCCCUCCUGCUAGGGCCAAAGAAUUGGCCUGCAGUAUGGUUCAAUAAAUAAAUAAAUAUGUCUUGGAAACGGUUGCGUUUGGCAACUUCGUGCUGAUGCUGCUUAGGCACUUUUUGAAGUUUUCAGAUUUGCCAGUGUACAGUGAAUCUCAUUUUUUGCAUAGGAAUUUAUACAUGACACCAAGGAAGUUCUUCACGUGCACCAUUUCAUCACUUAGCUUGCUGGAAAGGACAUGCGCCACACAAACACUGCAGUCAUUCAACACUCUGGUAAAAGGCCCGCUCAUGCCACCUGCAUACAGGAUGGUAGCACGCUUGCUUUUCUUUGCCACCACUUGGCGGAUGGGCGCUAAGGCAUAACAUUCUUGCCCAUUUAGCAGUUACAGAAGCUGGCCGUUACUUGCCAUGUCAUUUCGCACCAAGAUCAACUCUGCUUUCUGCCUUUAGGGCUCGACCGAAAAUGGAAAAGCAAGGUUCCUAGCGAUGAGGCGACCGAGCAUUUGGUGGUCCUUGAGGUUUACAGAAUCUUGGAAGAACGCUAACAUAAUCCUAGUCCAUAAGAAAGGGGACGCCAAAGACUUGAAAAAUUAUGGACCGAUCAGCUUACUGUCCAUUGCCUACAAAGUAUUUACUAAGGUAAUCGCAAAUAGAAUCAGGAACACCUUAGACUUUUGUCAACCAAAGGACCAGGCAGGAUUCCGUAAAGGCUACUCAACAAUAGACCAUAUUCACACUAUCACUCAGGUGAUAGAGAAAUGUG